ACUUUUGGGCAAAAAGAAAACAGAAAAGGGUUUCGAAUUGGAGUGUGAAUACUGAAUAGGGUUUUAAUCGCUUGAUAGUAAACUAUACGCGUUUCAUUCCAUUCCAUUCCAUUCCGGCCACCACCGAGUGCCGCAGUGAGAGAUAGGGUUUGUUGCUUUGACUCGGUUAUGGUUUCCGUUGGUUCGAAAGCAAUGGGCCACCACGUUCACGACUGUGAAUCCCACAGACGUAACAAGAAGAAGCAGCACCAGCACCAGCACCAGCAGCACCACCCAAACAAAGGUGGCGGUUCUUCCUUCCAUUCCAACAAACGCACCUUCACUCCCGCAUCUCGUGUUAGGAAACAGAUUGACCCUGAAACAACUACCUACUUCUCAGAAAUCGCUAAUCGACUUGAAAGUGAAGAGGUUGAAUUGGAGGAACGCUCACUUAUAUGUGCUAAUGCCCUCGAAGAAACCAGAGGAAAAGAAUUUGAAAUUGCUACUGAUUAUAUUCUAAGCCACACUCUUGAAACCAUCCUCCAAGGCUCUGAUGUAGACAGCCUCUGUGCCUUCCUCAAGACUUGUGCCAACGACUUCCCCUCUAUUGCCACGGAUCAAUCUGGUUCCCAUGUAGCCCAGACCGCCAUUAACUCUCUAGCUCUUCAUCUUCAAGACCCUCUCGUUGAGGAUGCUUUAACCAUCAUAUGCAAGGUGAUUGCAGCUAAUUCUGUUGAUGUAAUGUGUAACUGUUACGGUUCUCACGUGCUUCGAAGUCUUCUUUGCCUUUGUAAAGGAGUGCCAUUGGAUAAGACUGGAUACUAUAUGUCAAAAUCAACAACAGCUCUAGCUGACCGCUUCAAUUUCAAAGACUUUCCUUCAAAGAAAGAUGAUGCAGCAGAUUUUCAGUCUGGGUAUCCAAAUUUACUGAGAUCACUUGUUUCAGAGAUGUUAAAGCAAGCUAGAAAAUGCAUCAAGGCCUUGCAAGUUGACCAAUUCAGCAGCUUGGUUUUUCAGACUACUCUAAGGGUGCUUGCAGGCAAUGAUGAAGAGUUGCUACAUGUGAUUCCUGUCAUUCUUGGAUGCAAAAAUCAGAAUAAUGCAGAGGGAAAUUUUAUAGAAACUACAGUUGUGCCGCAGCUCUUGAGUUUGUUCAAAGAAGCUGAAUUUAGCCAUCUAAUGGAGGUUGUUUUGGAAGUAUCUCCCAAGGCCUUGUUCAAUGAAUUGUUCACAAAAGUAUUCAGGAAUUCCUUGUUUGAGUUAUCAUCUCAUCAACAUGGGAACUUUGUUGUUCAAGCAUUGAUUUCCCAUGCAAACAAUCAAGAUCUGAUGGAGUUGAUCUAUGAAGAACUCGCUCCAAAUAUGGAGGGUCUUUUCCAAAUGGGAAGGUCAGGAGUGGUUGCUUCACUUAUUGCUGCCUGUGAAAGGCUUCAUGUUAAUGAACACAAGUGCUGUGAAGUCCUUGCAAAAACAGUGUGUUUAGCAGAUGAUUCUCCAAAGUGGAUUGUCCCAAGACUACUAUUUCUUGAUAGUUAUUUCACCUGUGAAGAUAAAUCCAAUUGGAGCUGGCGAAGUGGCGCUAGAAUGAAUGUUAUGGGCUCUCUUAUCCUGCAAGCAAUAUUCCGGUUUAAAAGCGAAUAUAUACAACCUUACAUCACCAGUAUAACCUCCAUGGAAGCAACUCAUGUGCUUGAAGCAGUGAGAGAUGCCAAAGGAUCACAUGUUAUUGAGGCUUUUCUGUGUUCAGGUGCUUCUGGAAAGCAGAAGCGCAGAUUAGUUACAAAACUACAAAGUCAUUUUGGAGAGGUAGCACUCAACUCAUCAGGUGCUUUUACCAUUGAAAAAUGCUUCACUUCCUGUAAUCUGUCACUAAGAGAGGCUAUAGUGUCUGAGAUAUUGGCUGUCCGAAGUGAGCUUUCCAAGACAAAGCAGGGCUCUUACCUAUUAAGGAGACUAGAUGUUGACGGAUAUGUUACAAGUCCUGAUCAUUGGAGGUCAAAACAAACAUCCAAAGAAUCUACUUACAAAGAUUUCUAUGCCACGUUUGGCUCCAAUGAUACAAAGUCGUCAAAAACUGAUGGCUUUCUUUCUGACACUUUUAGUAAAUCAAUUCCAAAAACUGUAAAGGAAAUGAGAAAAGAAAUUGACCAAUCCCUAGGUCCUGCUGCAUCAUUUCUGAGCACAGAUGGGUUUAAGAGAAACCCAAAAAAAGAAAAGCAGAAAAAUAAGAAAAAUGCUCAAAUUGGUGGCGAUGAUGAUAACUCCAGUAGGAAAAGUAAAAGGUCUAGAAGGGUUGAAAGUGGAGAUGAUAUUACCUCUAAUCCGGCGUCCAAGAAGACUCUAAAGAAACGGCAAAGAGAUGGUGAUGUAUCCGAGGUUUUUGUGAAGAAAUUGAAGGCAUCAGAUAAGUAGAGUGUAAGACAAUUUUUCAGUUUUAACUAAAAGAUGACAUUAAGCAUGGUCAAUUGUUUCCUCUUUGCUAGUGAUUUUAUAUCAUUUACCACAUGUAGCACAAAUAUGUAACUGGAACAAGAAAUCACAUUGAAUAAGUUAUAAAUAUUUUCCUGCUA